AUGCCUUUAGAUGAAGGAGAGGCUCUUUUGAGGGCGGUGCAUCAAGUUCGCAAGGCGUGCAGUGAUGUGUCUAGUGCAACCGCCGAGUUGGGAACAGCACGUGAUGCCAUGGCACGCGAAAAAUUGCGGAAGUCACGCCUAUUAGUUACGCAAUGUGAAGAAAGGGCUGGUGGUAUCCUUGCCGCUGGCAUAGACGCGGAGUUGUCGGCUUUGCGUGGACAAUACAACGCGGUUAGAGCAGAUUUUGAUCGAGUCAACAGGGAGGCAAUUCGAAGGGAGAAACAGACGUGGCGCCCUCUUUUUCAGAAUGAUGCCGUGGAGGGAGACGGGCGUGGUGAUGUGAGCGUAUCUCCUGCGGCCCAAAAUUCUGGGCGUGUGCAAGAGAUUCGAGCAAUUGACAUGUCAGGUCUUUAUACGGAGGAGGCCCUCCAACGGGAAAAACUUCUUGGCGUGAGAGAAAUUGAGAGCAACAUGAUGGACCUUCGGAGCAUGUAUCAGGAAUUUCACGAUCUUGUGCAUCAUCAGCAAAGCAAUCUGGACAGUAUGACGGGAAAUGUUUCGGUUGCAAAGUCAUCUGUGGAGGGUGGAGCGAGGGAGCUUUCACAAGCCUCCAGACGGCAGAAGUGUGGCCGAAAGUUGUUGUGUACUGUCGCUAUUAUUUUGUUUAUUGUCAUUAUUGGGGUGGUUGUUGUGGUGCUUGUUGCGAAGAGAUGA